UAGUGAGCCAAAAUCCACUUUAGUAUGCUUCAAAUUCUCUAGUUUUCUCUAAAAUCAUGGCAUUUCUUCGCCAAAAACUGUCAACAUUUAUUCUCUCGUCGUCCAAAAUUUCCUUCUGUUCAUCCAUACGAAAACUUAACUCAAUUACAGCUGCAGAUGAACUCAUCAACAACGAUGCAAUCGUAAAUUCAAUAUGCGAUUCAUUCACAAGACGCGAAAGCUGGGACACUCUGACUCGAAAAUUCGAGACUCUGGAACUAAACGAUUCGUUGGUCCAAAAAGUCUUGCUCAAAUUCCAGCAGCUUGUUGAUGCCAAACGCGCUCUAGGGUUCUUCCACUGGUCGGCCAAGAGGAAGAAUUUCAAUCAUGGGUUUCAAUCUUAUGGUAUUAUGAUUCAUAUUCUAGUGAAAGCUCGGUUGGUUAUCGAUGCUCGAGCUUUGCUCGAAUCAAUUUUGAAGAAAAAUGAAGGUAGCUCUUUCAAUUUCUCUAUUGUAGAUUCUCUAUUGGAUACUUAUGAGGUGACUGAUUCAUCCCCAUUUGUGUUCGAUUUAUUGAUUCAAACUUGUGCUAAAUUGAGAUUGAUUGAUUUUGCUUUGAAUAUGUGUGCCCAUUUGGAGGAACGUGGGUUCUCGUUGAGUUUGAUAAGUUUCAAUACUUUGCUUCAUGUUGUGGAAAAAUCUGAUGAGAAUCGUAAGGUUUGGAAGAUUUAUGAGCAAAUGAUUAGGAAAAGAGUUUACCCCAAUGUGAUUACUGUUAGGAUCAUGAUCAAUUCGUUGUGUAAGGAAGGUAAAUUGCAAGAAAUUUCUGAUAUGUUGAGUAGAAUCCAUGGCAGUCGUUGCUCUGCUUCUUUGAUUGUCAAUGGCUGUUUGAUUUACAGGAUUUUGGAGGAGGGGAGAGUUGAAGAUGGUGUAAUGUUGUUGAAGAGAAUGUUGCAGAAAAACAUGAUUCUUGACGAUAUUGCUUAUUCAUUGAUUGUUUAUGCUAAACUGAAAAUUGGGAAUAUAAAAUCUGCACAGGAAGUGUUUGAUGAAAUGUCUAAAAGAGGAUUUCAGGCAAAUUCUUUCAUUUAUACAUUGUUCAUUGGCGCCCAUUGUAGAGAUGGAAGGAUUGAAGAAGCUCAUUGCUUGAUGGAAGAGAUGGAAAACAUGGGUUUGAAGCCAUAUCCUGAAACCUUCAAUCUUCUCAUUGAAGGGUGUAGAGAUUCAGAAGAAAGCUUGAGAAUGUGUGAGAAAAUGUUAGAAAGAGGGUUUGUUCCCAGUUGUUCAUCUUUCAAUGUGGCAAUAGCUAAGAUUUGUGAGGAAGGAGAUGUGAAAAAGGCUAAUGAAAUGUUAACCAUUUUAUUAGAUAAAGGGUUCUUGCCUGAUGAAACCACUUACACCAAUCUAAUCAUAGGAUAUGGGAAAAUUGGUGAAACUCAGGAGAUUCUUAAGCUAUAUUAUGAAAUGGAUGCUAGAUUACUUUCUCCUGGCGUGUCGGUUUUCUUUGCACUGAUUGGGAGCUUUUGUCAAUCUGGGAGACUGGAAGAAGCAGAGAAAUAUUUGAAGAUUAUGAAAGAUAGGUCUAUACAACCAAGUGUAUCUAUAUAUCAAACAUUAUCCUUGUUCUAUUUGAAGAAGGGUAAUAGAGCAAAGGCUCUAGAACAUUAUAAUGAGAUGAUGUUCAAUGGAUAGAAGCUUUGUUUGUUUCUAA